AUGUCCCUGAAUAUCUCGCUUUAUACCAUCACGGCGUGUCUUCUUUUGGACAACGAGGGCCGUCGGCUCUUUGCCAAGUACUACCAGACGCAAAAUCCAAGCCAUGCUUAUAAAAAUGCUGCGCAGCAGAACCAAUUUGAACUGUCGGUAUUUUCCAAAAUCAACAAAAUGCAUCAAGAUAUUUUAUUAUAUGACAAUCAUCUUAUAGCUUAUAAGCAAACGAAUGACGUGUUGCUAGUUGUUGUUUCCAGCGUGGCGGAAAACGAAGCCAUGGUGUAUUCGUUGGCAAAUAACCUCCAUGAGGCGUUGACGAUUUUGUUGAAUUCGUCGUUGGACAAGGCCACCGUGGUGGAAAAGUACGAUAUGGUGAGUUUGUGUGUAGAUGAGGCCAUAGAUGACGGAAUCAUAUUGGAAAUGGACCCUGCGAUCAUUGUGAGCCGGGUCACCAACCCGCCUAGUGCCAGUGCGGUUGCGGGAGAAUUGCUGAGCAAGAUUGAGUUUUCGGAACGGGGACUUAUGAACGCAUUUGCGUUUGCAUCGAAGAAGCUUAGUGAGAGAAUACAGCAGGGAAUCUGA